AUGCUAUUCCAGUAUCUCGCACAUCGCAAGGCUUGUGAAACGAAACAGGAAGAGCGACGACAGCGCAUCACCGAUGUCGCCACAGCUUUCCACUUGUCGGAACCACUGACAGCUCAGGAGGUUGAGGUCCUCGCUGAACCUAUUUCGACCCUCGUCUCUGCCGUACAAACCGGCAAGGCUGACCCAGUCGACAUCUUGAGGGCUUAUGGGAAGAAAGCGCUCAAGGCUCAGGAGGCCACAAAUUGUUUGACAGAGGUUAUGAUUUUUGCGGCGCUCAGUUGGGCACAGGGGUGUAAUCGAGAUGGUCCUCUAGCCGGGGUGCCCGUUAGCCUCAAAGACACGGUCAGCGUGAAGGGUUGGGACGGGUGUAUUGGCUACUCGGCGUGGGUAGGCAAGCCCGCUACGAAAGAUUCAGCCCUCGUUCGCCUCCUACGCGAUGCCGGUGCAGUCCCUUUUGUCAAAACCGCCGUUCCUAUCACUCUCCUCUCCUUCGAAAGUGCCUCGGACGUCUUCGGCCGCGCCACAAAUCCCCACAAUAGCAAAUACUCACCGGGAGGCUCGACCGGCGGUGAAGCCGCUCUUUUGGCGUACGGAGGUUCACGCAUAGGUAUUGGCACGGAUGUGGCUGGUUCUGUGAGGGUACCCGCGCAUUAUUCUGGGGUGUACACCAUCAAGGCAUCGACUGGGAGGUUUUUGAAGAUGGGCAACAAUACCAGUAUGCUCGGGCAAGAGGGCGUUGCGCCAGUUUAUUCCCCUAUGGCGAGGACUUUGGAAGACUUAGAGACGUUCUGGAAGGCGAUUAUGAGUAUGUCACCCUGGAAUUAUGAUCACUCGGUACUUCCCAUCCCUUGGAGGGUCGUCUAUUUGAACAAAGCCCCUCUCCGAUGGGGCGUUAUGUGGGAUGACGGUGUCGUCCGCCCUUCUCCCGCAUGCAAACGAGCCCUUGAGAUCGUCGUUGGCACUCUUAAGAAACAUGGCCACACCGUCGUUGAUGUCACCCCUCCUAGCCCAUACGAAGGCCUUCAACUCGCCUCCGCCCUCCUUCUCGCCGACGGAUGCAAGACCGCCACAGCUCCCAUGCGCUCAUCCUUCAUAGAAUCCAACGACCCGGGCAUGAUCCAAGCCCUGGGCAUCUUUCGGCUUCCCAGGCUCUUACGCUGGCUAUACACCCUUUACGUGCGUUAUGUGAAGCGUGACGAGGUUUACGCGGGGCUUUUGGACGGGUUCCAUGAGAAGAGUGUUGUGGAGUUCUGGCCUUACAUUGCAAAGAGGGAGGAUUAUAAAGGGCGGUGGUUUGAGUUUUGGAAAGAGCAGGAAAAGUUGGACUUUCUUCUUACUGUUCCGAACGCAUUGCCCGCUGUCCCUCACGGGGGGAUGAAGGAAGGUUGGAGGGCAUCCGGUUAUACUUUCUUGUUUAACCUUCUGGAUUAUGCUGCGGGCGUUCUUCCUGUCACGCAUGUGGACUCUACGUUGGACGAAUUACCCCCCGGUGCUUUCAGGCCCCGCAAUGCCGUCGAGCAAGGUGCUUACAAGGCCCAUAAUGCCAAAGCGAUGCACGGUCUCCCCGUUGGUGUUCAGGUUGUAGGUCAAAGGCUUGAGGAGGAGAAGGUCAUGGAGGGUAUGAAGAUUAUUGAAAGGAUGUUGAGAGAGGGUGGAAAUGCCUAUGAAUUGUUGAACGUGUAG